CCGUCCGCUGUCCUAUUUUCGCGUGCCCCUCCGCUCCGAAGAAAGUCCACUGCCGAUUGCUUCUAUCGAAAGCUCCUAUCCUCAACGAACUCGAUCCCGUCGUCUUCAUCUUGCUUCCUCACAGAGCCUCAAAGCCUAUCUUCCUGUCAUGGCUACGCGGGAAAUCGUGGAUUAUGCCAGAAAUUUUGCCAUCAUGGUCAGAGUCCAAGGCCCUGACCCGAAGGGCCUGAAGAUGCACAAGCAUGCAUUCCAUCAGUAUCACUCUGGGAGGACAACUCUUUCAGCAUCUGGAAUGAUAUUACCUGAAAUCCUUUAUGACACUGAGGUCGCUAAGCAUCUUGGUAAUCAUAAGGAUCAAUUUGCAUCGUUGGUUCUGACUAAUUCCUCAAUUUUUGAGCCUUUUAUGCCACAGCAACACAGAGAUAUCAUUCGUCAGGGAAAGCCUGAGUUAAUUCCUGGUGUUCAGAUUGACAUUAUGGUUGAGGAUAACUCAUUGAUGGAGAGAGAUUUUGAAGUACGCAAUGGAGGAACUCCUCAUUGGCAUGCUGCGCACUUGUUGGCUUUGUAUGAUAUACCUACAUCUGCCACUGCUCUUCAGUCAGUCAUGGAUGCAUCUUUAGAUUCAAUACAUCAAAGAUGGGAGGUCGGCUGGUCGUUGGCCUCAUAUACAAAUGGUCCUCCAUCCUUCAGGGAUGCUCUUCAGAGACAGAUUGAAAAUGACAAGAGAACUUUUGUUGGUAGCCAGAAGCAUUUGGAUAUGGAAGGAUCCAACAAGACUGAUGACUUAAGAGUAAGAAUUGCCAUUCUUGGUGUUCCGUCAUUAUCAAAGGAUGUGCCAAACAUCAGUAUAUCUCCCUCAAGGCAGAGAGGAUCCUUUCUUCUUGCGGUUGGUUCUCCUUUUGGUGUUCUAUCACCGGUGCAUUUCUUUAACAGCAUAUCAGUCGGGUCAAUUGCCAAUUCCUACCCUCCUCGCUCAUGGAACAAGUCAUUGCUGAUGGCUGACAUGCGGUGUCUUCCUGGAAUGGAAGGCUGUCCUGUUUUUGAUGAACAUGCACGUAUCAUCGGUGUUCUGAUUAGGCCACUUAUGCAUUAUAUGACUGGUGCUGAGAUUCAGUUGUUAGUUCCAUGGGGAGCCAUCGCAACUGCUUGCAGUGAUUUGCUGUUUGGGGCUUAUUAUGCUGGAGAAGGGAUUGGAAAUGACAAUGGGUGUACUAACGUGGGGAAUGAGGCAAUGACUAAGGAACAAAAAUUUGAGGGAACCUUCAGUAGUAUUCAUGAAAAUUCUUAUUGUUGUCCUUUCCCAAAUAAAGUUGAGAAGGCAAUGGCUUCUGUUUGUCUUGUUACAAUUGGUGAAGGAAUAUGGGCCUCUGGUGUUCUGCUCAAUAGCCAAGGCCUAAUACUCACAAAUGCUCACUUGAUAGAGCCGUGGAGAUUUGGGAAAACAAACUCAAGUGCAGAAAGAUCAAUUGAAAAUGCCCAGCUGCUGCAGACCCAUACUGAGGAUUCUCCAUGUUCAAUGCAUAAUGGUGUUUUUGGCGGGAAAAAUAGUGGAAGUUUGAAACAAAAUGCCUCUGAGAAUGCAAAUAUUCUGAUUCAGGACCAACUUCAGGAUAAUAAGAGUUUUGCUAACUAUGGCCGUAGAAACUUGCGUGUUCGCUUGAACCAUGCAGAUCAGUGGAUCUGGUGCGAUGCUAAAGUGAUAUAUAUCUGUCAGGGACCUUGGGAUGUUGCCCUGUUACAGCUUGAGCAAAUUCCAGAGCAGCUCUCACCUAUUAAAAUGGAUUGUUCGUGUCCAUCCUCAGGGUCAAAGAUAUAUGUUAUUGGACAUGGACUAUUGGGACCAAAAUCUGGCUUCUCUCCAUCUGUUUGCUCUGGUGUGGUGGCGAAUGUGGUGAAAGCAAAGAUUCCCUCAUCUCAUCAUCAAGGAGAUUCACUAGAAUAUUUUCCUGCAAUUCUUGAAACAACAGCUGCAGUCCAUCCUGGUGGUAGUGGGGGUGCUGUUGUCAAUUCAGAAGGCCAUAUGGUUGGACUUGUUACAAGCAAUGCGAGGCAUGGGCGAGGAUCUAUUAUUCCACACUUGAAUUUCAGCAUACCAUGUGCAGCCUUGGAGCCCAUUUAUAGGUUCUCCAAAGACAUGGAGGACCUCUCAGUCUUAAAAGUUCUUGAUGAACCAGAUGAGCAGCUUUCUUCUCUAUGGGCACUGAUGCCACAACGAUCUCCCAAGCCCGAUCUGCCACAACUGUUCGGUGAAGACCAUGAAACAAAGGGGAAAGGUUCUCGAUUUGCAAAGUUCAUCGCCGAAAGGCGAGAAGUGUUCCAAAAGCCAACUGUUCAUAACAAGGGGGAGGGCCUUCCAUCUAAGACACUCCGUAGCAAGUUAUGACCAGUUAUCUGGUGAAAAAGAACACUCAUGGGGACUGCAUCACCAUGAUCAGAAACAGCGUUGCUUUUGUUUUGGGUGAGUGUUAUAGUGUACUUUUUGUUUUUUAUGUGGAUAUUUAUUGGUCCCAUGAAGUCUAGAGAGGAAGAUAUCUGGUCUUUGAUUUUUUUACAAAUAGACAAUAGGUAUACUUUACCAAAUGUGCAAAAUGAUUUCUUUUUUCACAACAGGAACUUCUUGUGAACUUUUUAGGCACAACUCAAUUUCUUUUGGAACAAAGUCUUGAGGGUUACCAGAAUAAAAA